CACAGUUCUUCACAACUGCAUCCCCCAGACCCGCAGAGCGAAGCUACUGCGUUUUGUCCUCACCUCAGCCCGGUGGGGUGAAGCAGAGCCGGUGUGCAUCAGGGAGAGCCCGGUGCCUGCGCUGCCUCCUCGGGUCCCCAGCCCAGCAGACCGCUCACCCCAUCGGCUGGGAUGCUUGCCGAUUCCUCUGCAGACUUCUAAGGCUGAGACCCCGAGGGAGCCCGCUGGAGAAUGCCGUCGGAACGCUGCCUCAGUGUUCAAGAAAUGCUGACAGGCCAGAGGCUCUGCCACUCGGAAUCUCACAACCAUAGCGUCCUGGCAGCGCUGAAUCAGCAGAGAAGCGACGGCAUCCUCUGCGACGUCACCCUGAUUGCCGAGGAGCAGAAAUUCCCUGCUCACAAGGCCGUCCUGGCAGCGUGCAGCGACUAUUUCCGGGCUAUGUUCAGUCUUUGUAUGGUGGAAAGUGGAGCUGACGAGGUGAAUUUGCACGGUGUGACCAGCCUGGGCUUAAAGCAGGCCCUGGAGUUUGCAUACACAGGACAGAUUUUGUUGGAGCCAGGCGUGAUCCAGGAUGUGCUAGCAGCUGGCAGUCACCUACAGCUGUUGGAGCUUCUCAGUUUGUGUUCCCACUAUCUCAUCCAGGAAUUAAAUAGCUUUAAUUACUUGGAUCUGUACAGACUUGCUGACCUCUUUAACCUCACGUUGCUGGAGAAGGCCGUGAUCGAUUUCUUAGUGAAACAUCUCUCUGAACUCCUGAAGAGUCGCCCUGAAGACAUUCUAACGCUUCCUUAUUGUCUACUUCAGGAGGUCCUGAAGAGCGACCGCCUCACCUCCUUGAGUGAAGAGCAGAUCUGGCAGCUGGCCGUGAGGUGGGUGGAGCGCAACUGCCAUCAGCAGCACAUGGACGAGCUCCUGCAGCACAUCCGCUUCGGCCUCAUGGACGUGGCUACUCUCCACACAGUCGCCCUGUCCCACCCCCUGGUCCAGGCGAGUGAGGCCGCAACAGCCCUCGUCCAGGAGGCCCUGGAAUACCACCAGAGCAUCUACGCGCAGCCCGUGUGGCAGACCCGCAGGACCAAGCCGCGGUUCCAGUCGGACACGCUGUACAUCAUCGGUGGGAAGAAGCGGGAGGUCUGUAAAGUCAAGGAGCUUCGCUACUUCAAUCCCGUGGAUCAGGAGAACGCGCUCAUCGCGGCCGUCGCCAACUGGAGUGAGCUGGCCCCCAUGCCCGUGGGCCGGAGCCACCACUGCGUGGCAGUCAUGGGGGACUUCCUGUUCGUGGCGGGCGGGGAGGUGGAGCACGCCCGGGGCCGGACCUGCGCUGUGCGGACCGCGUGCCGCUACGACCCCCGCAGCAACUCCUGGGCCGAGAUCGCGCCCAUGAAAAACUGCCGCGAGCAUUUCGUGCUGGGGGCCAUGGAUGAAUAUCUGUACGCGGUCGGGGGCCGAAACGAGCUGCGCCAGGUGCUGCCCACCGUGGAGCGAUAUUGCCCCAAGAAGAACAAAUGGACUUUCGUGCAGUCCUUUGACCGGUCCCUCUCCUGCCAUGCUGGCUACGUGGCUGACGGCCUUCUUUGGAUAUCAGGUGGAGUAACUAACACGGCACAGUAUCAGAGCAGACUAAUGGUAUAUGAACCUAACCAGAAUAAGUGGGUAAGCCGCAGCCCCAUGCUGCAGAGAAGGGUCUACCAUUCCAUGGCGGCCGUCCACAGGAAGCUCUAUGUUCUUGGAGGCAAUGACCUAGACUACAACAAUGACCGGAUCCUUGUGAGGCAUAUAGAUUCUUACAAUAUAGACACUGACCAGUGGACGCGCUGUCAUUUCAAUCUGUUGACUGGCCAAAAUGAAUCUGGAGUUGCUGUCCAUAAUGAGAGAAUAUAUUUAGUUGGUGGAUAUUCGAUUUGGACAAAUGAGCCUCUGGCUUGUAUCCAGGUCGUAGACGUAAGUAGAGAAGGCCAAGAAGAAGUGUUCUAUGGGCCUGCGCUCCCUUUUGCUUCCAACGGGGUAGCGGCUUGCUUCCUGCCGGCCCCAUAUUUCACAUGCCCUGACCUUCAGACUCUUCAAGUGCCUCAUCACAGGAUCGGCACCGUCUGAAAAGCCAAAGCUAUUAAUGACCAUGAUGAAUGAACACGAGGGAAAAAAGGCCUGACUUGUGGAUCCAGGCAUGACAAGACUCAGUACUCAGUGGUUCCCUGUUUUGUUUGAUGGGUCUUAUAUUCAGAUAAACAUGAGCAAAAAAUGAACAGUUUUCUAAAAUAUAUUAUUGAAAACUCCUAUCACCCUUCUCUUUGUGUGUCAACAUACAAUACCAUCUGUAUGACUUUUACUGUGGUGUAAUUUAGUGCCGACUUAGUGGCCCAUUAUUGUCCCAUGGGUCUUCGGAGCAUUCUUUGUACACUUUUUGUAAUCAGUGCUGUCUAGGACAUGACACUGUGAGGGAUGUCAUUUACUUCACAUGAUCUGAAAAAAAAAAA